CAAUUUUUAUCUGGGUCGACGUAAAUUGUUAUACAUGUAUAAAUGAAAAGUAUGUUAUAAAUUGAUCGGUUAACAGUUUAUUUCGUGCAAAUAAAAUACUGGCUGGUAUCACCUUGAAACUACACGAGCAAAUCAAUCAGCUAUCGCGAGACGCUUCGAAUUCUCGCCGGAGACUACUUCCGGUACAUGGUUACAGAAGUACAGAAUCAAAAACAUGGCAUCUACCAGCACCACGUCGGUUUUUACUUUAAUUGUUUUACUUGCAUUUUCGUUAAGCAACUGUUCUGACAAUGAGUACGCGUCGGCACGAAUCGAGAGUUGCAGGGGCUGCAGCCUUAACCGGCUUCCUGAAGUAAAGAAUUUCAUCUUCCAAGACGUUCCCCUUUAUGAUAACGUUGAGUUUAAACCAAUUUCUGGUGCUAUUCCAGAGCUUGUUUUACUAAAUAAUAACGAUGAGGAAGUGGAAAGGAUACAGUUGUCACGAUUAAAUCGCAAAGAAUGUAAUGAGUUGUUGGUUUCAAAGGGCUUCACAGCUUCUAAGCCACCCAAGGAUGAGAUAUAAUCGGUUUCAAUAAUAGUUAACCAGGUAUUCAUCUAUUAUGUAUAACUACGAUUUGGAUGACAGGUGUCAAAAACAGCACAAAACCACAAUCAUAAGUCCUGACAAAUUGUAAUUAUGCACCCUUUUCCAAUCAUACAAUUCGAGUAUCAAAUACUGUAUCUAAUUCAAGUUUCAGAAGACAUAUUUUGCAACUGAUGCAUCAUGAGUAUUAAAUAAGGAAAGUUCUGAUAUUUGCUUAAUCUUAUUAUCUGGUCAAUGUGAUAGUUUGAAUUUAUGCUUCAGCCACUACAACUUUGUAUACAGCUCAAACUGUACUUUAUUCAGUAUGAGCCAAAAUAAAGUUUUAUUAGAUUUA